AUAAGAGUAGAUCAAUGCCCAGGGCAUAAAAGAAAGAAAAAGAGGGAAAAAAAAAAAGGAAAAAAAAAAGGCAGAAAUGAAAAGUAGUGAAGAAAAAUGCAAGAUUUUGAUAUUUGGGGGAAGUGGAUACCUUGGGAAACACAUGGCGAAGGCAAGCAUAUUAUUGGGUCAUCCAACGUAUGUGUAUUCAAGGCCUCUCACCCCAAAAACCUCUCCUUCUAAGAUAGAUUUGCUUGAGGAGUUUCAGGCCAUGGGAGUCUCUAUUUUCCAUGGAGAAUUGGAGGAGCAUGAGAAGCUGGUGAGGUUGAUUAGACAAGUAGAUGUGGUAAUUUCAGUACUGGCAUACCCUCAGGUUUUUGAACAGCUGAAGAUCAUUGAUGCUAUCAAAGUUGCUGGUAAUAUAAAGAGAUUUCUUCCAUCAGAUUUUGGAUGUGAAGAGGAUAGGGUGAAUCCUUUGCCUCCUUUUCAACAAUUUCUUGAUAAAAAAAGAAAAAUAAGACGAGCAACUAAGGAAGCCGGCGUUCCUUACACUUUUGUUUCUGCAAAUUGUUUUGCUUCUUAUUUCGUGAAUUAUUUGCUUAACCCUCACGAAAUUCGAGACAAUCUCAAUGUUUACGGAAGCGACAAAGCUGAUGUGGUGUUAAAUUAUGAAGAAGAUAUCGCUGUGUACACUAUCAAAGUAGCAAAUGAUCCAAGAACAUGCAACCGUAUUGUUACCUACAGGCCGCCAAAAAAUAUCAUAUCACAGCUUGAAUUGAUUUCACUUUGGGAGAAGAAGAUUGGUCGGAAUUUUAAUAGGGUUCAUAUUUCUGAAGAAGAGAUUAUCAAGCUCUCUGAAACCCUUCCACAUCCGCAGAACAUACAGAUUUCCAUCCUUCAUACUAUAUUUGUGAAGGGUGACUUGAUGAAUUUUGAAGUAGGAGAGGACAUUAUUGAAGCUUCAAAGCUGUAUCCAGAUUUGAAAUACACUUCAAUUGAUCAACUUCUUGAUAUAUUUCUAGUUAACCCUCCAAAACCUGUAGUUGCUGCAUUUUGAGUGUUCCCUUUCUCUUUAAAUUGGUAGUGAAUCAGCGUUUGCAUGUUGUUUUGAUAAUAUCUACUAGUAUGCAUUAUUGGCUUCUUCUUCUUUUAUUAUUAUUAUAUUUUUAAGUAGUUUUAUUA